GGUCUCGCCGGCUCCUGCGUGCCCUCGCUCUACAUGAGGAAGCAGAAGGCGCUGGAGGCGGAGCUCGACGCCAAGCACCUCUCCGAGACCUUCGACACCCUGGACAAGCCCAGCCCCAAGCACCUGGGCCUCCACAAGCCCCUCCGCCACAUGGGCCUGGCCCGGGACUACGCCUCCGACUCGGGCUGCUUCGACGACGAGGCCCCCAACCUGUCCAGCAGUCUGGACACGGGCAGCUUCUCCCGGCUCUCCAUGUUCCUCGGUAACUCCAACUUCCUCCAAGCGGGAAGGAAAGACAACGAAGCCGAACGGGAGGCGGAGCCGUCUCACGGCGGCGACAGGCACACGUCUCACGACCACGUGGUGUCCGCCGCCGCCGAGACGCUCGCCAAGAAGAUCACCAACACCGUGGCCAAGAUCGACCGCCUGGUGGACGACAUCACCAUGCACACCUCGUCGGAGGACAGCUUCAGCCUCAGCUCCGAGGACCCCUUCGCCGACUGGCCCUACGGGAUGGACGAGCUGAACGAGGCGCGGGCCAAGUCCUGCUCGCCCUGCCACCUGUCGGACACCAGCAGCCUGGCCCACAGGGAGCGGCUGGGCCGGGCCCACGCCCUGAUCCGCCUGAAGGCCGCCCACACCAGCCUGUCCACCGACAGCCUGAACAGCGGCAGCACCAGCGACGGCUACUGCGGCAGUAGAGACCAGAUCGCCUCCCCAGCCGCCGCGGCCACCCUGCAACACAAGAGGCCCAGUCAGCUGGAUCUCAAGGUCAUUCAUCAGGAAUAUGCUAAUCAUCAGCCAUAUGCUAACCAUCUGGACCGUCCCAACCCGCUCAAUGUUCCAGAGAGAGAUUCUGUGGACAACAAAGAGCUCAAAGCUUGUGAUGCUAGCAGUGUAGAGCAGGAGCUGGCAGCUCACACCCCGACCAGCGUCUCAACUAAACUCUCCUCCGACGUCAGCAUGGCCUCCAUCAAGCUCUCCCCCUCCUAUCAACACGUUCCUCUGAUUCACAGCGGGGCUAAAUUUGGUGCAGCGAAGACGACGGUGCAUGUGCAGGCCACCCAGGCCGUUAGGAGGCAGGCCUGGGUUCCUAGCGUGCUCACAGGGGGUCUCACCAAGUUCCCUCCCCUUGGCCCGGCCCGGAGCCCCAUCAUCGGCCCCCUGGAGACGGUGCAGAAGUACUCGGUGGAGAACACGCCCUGCUUCUCGCGCUGCAGCUCGCUGUCCUCGCUGUCCUCCGGGGAGGGGCCGCUGGACGGACAGAGCCAGAGCGACAACGAGCUGGAGAGCGACUCGUCGCUGGAGAUCAUCGAGGUGGAGGACGGAGAAGAGGUGGUGAAGACGACCGCAGAAGACGAAACCUUGGAAGAUCUCAGCGACAGCCAGCUGCUAGUGACCGACUCCAAAACCUUCCCCGGGAAGGACGAGCUCCUGACCGAUCCCACGGAGAUACCGUCCAAACAGGAGAAGUACUCCCGCGGCGCGUCGCCCACCCUGCUGGAGGACCGCUCUCCGUCCAGCUCCUCUGAGAACUACAUCCACGAGACGCCGCUGGUCAUGAGCCGCUGCAGCUCCCUCAGCUCUCUCGGGAGCUUCGACUCUCCGUCCAUCGCCAGCUCCAUUCAGAGUGACCCGUGCAGCGAGAUGAUCGAUGGAACCAUCAGCCCCAGCGACCUCCCCGACAGUCCGGGUCAGACCAUGCCGCCGAGCCGGAGUAAGACCCCCUGCUGUGUGGAGCCGAACCCUGCGGACACGCAGGGCGGCGGCGUGCCGUGGGAAAGCAGCCUGCGCAAGUUCCUCGAGAUCGCAGACUUCAAAGAGAGGUUCAACCUCCCUCCUGACCUGGACACCAUGAUCUACUUCACUGUGGAGAAGCCCACAGAGAACUUCUCGUGUGCGUCGAGCCUGAGCGCCCUGCCCCUGCAUGAGCACUACGUCCAAAAGGACGUGGAGCUGAAGCUCACUCCUCUGCUGCAGCAAAGCGACAGAAACCCUCCGCUCGCCGAUGACGACGCAGCGGACCGGGAGGAACGCUCUAGCGAGGCGACCUCCGACGACGACAUAGAGAUCCUGAAAGAAUGCAUCAACUCGGCGAUGCCGUCAAAGUUCCGCAAGGUCCGGCCGUCGCUGAUGGCCAGCAUCCCACCUCAUCUUCUAAACUCUCAGAGCAAGACACAGAUGCAGCUGCCGGUCUACAUGAUGGUCCCACACUCCAGUGGCCAGAGGUCCUCUGGGAGGAGGGUCGUCAUGACGCAGAAGGAGAUCACACUCGACGACUCGUCCUUCACCGACUCUGCAGAAGGGACUCCGGUCAACUUCUCCAGCACCACGUCUCUGAGUGACGAGACUCUUCAGUAUCCGGUGAAGGAGAAGGGAGCCAAGGACUGGAGGGCCAGAGACACCGGGAGCCAGGACAUGGUGGACGACGAGGCCAAGAGGAUCGACGACUUGAGGAAGUUCUCUUACUUCCAUAAGAACAAUCGGGUGAACUCCCAACCCAACGUACAAGUCAACCAGACGAGCAAAACUACGAAGCACGUCAUCCAAACUCAGAAAUUGCUGAUGCAGAGUAAAGAAGUGACUGACAGAGUGACCAAUCAGAGGAACCGUGAUCAGUCGCCCAAUCAGCAGCGGCCACGACAGGGGCAAGUCCUGGCACUUCCUGUCAUACAAAACCCUGAGAUGAUCCAAACAUCCCACACUAAAGAAGACGUCUACUGCUACAAUGACCAGAAGGAACGAGAAGAGCGGUUCACCAAACGACCUGGGAGAAGGCAGACAAGGGAAGCGAGCAGAAACACUCUCUCCCGGAGCAUGACCAACGUCGGCAGAACAGAGCCGCAGAGCGAGCCCAAAGGCUUCCACAGGAUCAAGCAGAACCUGAUGAAGAGCGACUCGCCAUCGUGCUACUCCCUCAGCACCUCUCUGAGCUCCCUCAGCGACGCAGAGUUUGAGGAGCACCAGAGCAAACCACAGCAGAUCUGGACCAAGACUAGACACAACAAAACCAACCCGACGGGGCUCUCCCGGCCCACGGCCUUCCACAGCCCGUACGAGGCGCAGAGCUCGCCCAGCUCCGUGAGCCUGGACUCCGAGGACGACCUCCUGCAGAGGUGCAUCACGUCCGCCAUGCCCACGAGGAGGAAGAUGGCCGCCAGGAAGAAGAAGGCAGAGAAGAAUCAGAAUCAAAAGAACAACACGCAGAAGUUCAUCUGGAACAUGGAUCAGGACUCUGACAGUGACGACCUGGCGUCCGACAAAGACUCAGACCUCAACAGUGUGGAGUGGAGAGCGAUACAAGAAGGAGCAAACUCUGUGGUCACAGGAUUGAUGGCAUCCAAGUCACAGGAGCCUUCCUCCGAAGAGACAGAAUCCGUCCUUUCGUUCAUGUCCACGUCCAGUUUUACACCCAAGGAAAAGACGUUUGCCAAAGACAAAAAGCCCAACAAACCUCUGGACUUUGCUCAUCGCAAACCGGUUGCAAACCUGCCUGUGGUGUUCAGAGGAAGAACAGUGAUCUACACUCCUAAAAAAGAGACGACCCUCUCCCAAAGGCCCCCUCCAAACAAAGUGUCAACAAGGCCAGACGCUCCCAAGAACCCGCAGCUCGCCCAACACCGCUCCAAGAGCCUCCACCGCCUGGGACAGCCCCAGGAGAUGGAGUGGUCCCUCCCCAAGAGGAGCUCCACUCCUCCACCCAGGAUUCCAAAGAGCUCUUCUUCUGGUUCCUCACAAAGCUCUACUCUGUCUAAACACUCCCAGAGGAAGAUCACCUCUCCGAUUCAAAUCAAUAAAUGUGUUCCUAAGAAGAACGCCACACCAUCAAGUAGUCCUCCUGCUACGAGUCCUCCGGAGAGGAAGGGUCGCUCCCCUGUCCCGAGUCAAGAGCAAAAGUCCACCGCACAUAAAACACAGAAGUCUCCGGUUCGAAUCCCAUUCAUGCAGAGCUCAAGGCAAACUAGAGCCAUAUCCCCGUUGGUAACCAACCAGCCGACCAAUGUGAGCAGACCUAACAGCCAUGUGACAGGGAAACGACCUCCUCCAGCCAAUCGGCUGGACCUGGUCCGGAUGACCUCGGCCCACUCGGGUGGAACUGAGACCGAUCGAAACGGGUUCCUCAGACAACUGACGUUCAUCAAGGAGUCCAAAACCCUCAUGAGGCGCGAGGGCACCGCGCACUCCGCUCCCCCGGCCCAGAGCUCCUCUCGCAGAGGGCGUCCCGCCGCCGCCGCCGUCUUCCUCUGCUCCUCUCGCUGCCAGGAGCUCAAGGUGGCAGUUCAGGGGCCGAGGAGGACGCCGGCUAAGGGUCCGGCCCCCAAGACAGUCCAUCCGGACCCCAGCCGUCUGAAGCAGAGUCCGGCCGCCACGAGGGCCUCCGGGGAGCGGGAAGCCUCGGCCAGGCGUCCCCGGAGGACCAGCUCGGAGAGUCCCUGCAGGGCGGCGCAGCGGCCCGGGCCGGCCAGGGGGUCUGCUGCCAGGCAGCAGCAGCAGGACACCUUCAAACGGCACGCCUCCUCUCCCAGUAUCAACGUACUGAGCCGGGUCACCAGCCGCUCGUCGGUCCGGUCUUCCUCCUCAGACUCCAGCGGGCGAGCCAAGAGCGAAGACGACACCAAGAGGAGGGGGUCGCGGCCGAACCACAGGGUCACCUGGAGGAGGAUUAAGGACGAGGAUGUGCCGCAGAUCUUGAAGACCACUCUGCCGGCGACGGCGCUGCCUCUCGCACCUUCUCCCGAGGAGAAGCCCAAGUCUGCGGCCAUGCCAGGGAAGCUGCCCACCAUCAUCCUCGCCUCACGAAAAACAAGCGACGCAACCGUCCAGACGGAAGACUUCUCCGGUAAGACCCACUCGAGCUCCUCCCUCAAGGCCGAGGCAACGCCCUCUGAGGACGGCUCUGGUCUGUCCACGCUGUGGAAGGCCGGGCCAGGAGGGGUCCUCCAGGAAGGGGACUCGGAUGGACCCCCGCGGGGCCACAGCUCCGUCUCCACGGGAACCCCCGACAGCUUCACGUCCGGAGGGGUGCUCUUCCGUCAGGGGUCCCCCAGUAAGUCUGCCAGAGUCACCCCGUUCAACUACACGCCUAGCCCCAUGACCUGCAGUACCCAGGAGCCCCCCGCCACACCCAGCGGCCAGAAGACCGGGGAGAAGGCUGAGGCGUAG